AUCAUCAGCUAGAGAAGUACGAGACGCAGCUGAUUCCCAGGAAGUCUUUCAUCAAAGAGUCCGAAGGAUUAUCUCCAUUAAAACCGGCUCUCCACUCAUCCUGUUGAUGCAAAAUUAAUUUACACAUUAAAUACCAUCCAGCCUGCAUAUCACAAUCGAAAUACCUGGGGGACAAUGGAGAGCGUUUGCGUAGCGGGUUUCCUGUCUCGAUUUCUCGGGACAUCUCCGAGGCGUCAUUUGAUAUGGAGUUGGAAAACGCAGGACGGUUCGUCCCUCUGGAUGACCGCAGGACCUCCGUCAAAGGCCGAGUGUUUCGUGGAAUCUGUAAAUAUCAUAGCCGUAAUAAUCGCCUUCAUACCACCAGCCCUUCUAGUUCUUCGCUACAAAUGUGCCGGAAAAAACCACAAGCUAAACAGCAAUCUGCUACCGCUGCAUUAUGCGAGAUCUCUGCUAUGCAUCGCGCUGUUGAUCUUCCUCUCCUUGGACUUAUCGGAAAGUCUGUUCGAGAUGAGGAUUUUUCUGCCGAUCUUGACUCUCCUUACCGUCCUCGUUUGUUGGACUUUGCACAGAGCAACGGAAGUGAGAAAUGGUCUCGGGGUCGUCGUAACCGCUGGUUCUUUCUCAAUAAUCGCAAUCGCCAGAGUUUGGAGACUCCUCUACUUGCACAGAAUCGGCCUAACUUUCUGCCACGCCAGGGUCACCUCGACGUCGGGAACGGCCGCCUGUUGCAGCAUUUUGGCCAUCGUAGACACCUACACGUUGUACAAGCUCAUGCAAAGGAAUAAACAAUACACCGUAAGGUCGGUACAAAAUUUCCAUACGUCGUACAAACACAGCACUGCACCUUUUCUCAGUCAAAUUACUUUUCACUGGGUCGUCGAGUUACUGGCAAGAGGGUACCGCGCUCCCCUAGACCUUCAUGACCUUGGCGAACUUCCAGAGGAGGAACACACACGAACACAGUUUGAAAAGUUCUUAAAAAUAUACAAAGACGAAGAGCGGCGAACCGAAAACGGACGUCAACUUUCCCUAUGGCGUUGCUACUGGCGAAAAGUCUGGCUCGGUUUUUUGAUCGGAGGAAUUCUAAAGUUAUUUGGCGACGCUACGACACUUGCCGGCCCGAUGGCGAUCUCAAGAAUAGUCAGCUACGUUGCUACGGCGCAAAAUUCUACGGAAAAUGAACGCGCCGUUGGAAUCGAGGGUUUCGUCACCAUUGAAGAACUUUUGAACAACGGCUACUUCCUCGGUUUCCUUGUUUUCCUCGCAGCCAUCCUACAAAGUACGCUAAGUCAAUCUUCGACCCACGUACUUUACGUGGAAGGAAUUCGCCUUCGAACGGCUCUUCAGGCUCUGGUUUACGACAAAGCCCUUCGCCUCUAUUCGUGGAGCAUCGCUGAAGAGGAUAGAAUUCCAGGUGGGGUAGAAAAAGAAGUGAAUGGAAGCGAUGGGAAGAAUCAACAGACAGCAGACAUUGGAACCCUGACCAAUCUGAUGGUUGAGGACGCUUCUAAUGUCAUGAGCUUCUUCUGGAUCGGACAUUAUACCUGGGCGGUUCCAUUGAAGAUCACGGCGAUUAUUUUUCUCCUGUAUCUGAAACUCGGGAUCAGCGCAAUUAUCGGAGCGGUGUGUUGCAUUUUAAUCGUCACCCCGAUGCAGAUGCUACUCGGCAAACGGAUUUCAGCCAACUCAAAAGUCAUGACAGAAUACAGCGAUGCGCGACUGAAACUGAUGAACGAAAUUCUCCAAGGAAUGAGACUGAUCAAACUCAGGGCUUGGGAAGAAUUGUUCCAAGUCAGAAUUGGGCAGACGCGUGAUCUGGAGCUGAAGCUGCUGGACAGGGACUCUUUUUACGGAGGAUUGAUCACAUUUCUGAUCCACGCGUCCUCCGUUCUGAUGACCCUAUUCACGUUUGGGGUUUAUUUCUGGCUAGAAGAACGGCACCUCGAUGCCGGGAGCGUGUUUACCAGUUUGGCACUUUUCUCCCAAUUGACAGUGCCGCUCUUUAUAUUUCCCGUCAUGGUUUCGAUAAUCAUCAACGCCAAGCUUUCUUCGAAGAGACUCGAGAAAUUUCUGUCGCUUCCGGAAACUGUAGACAUCCUACCGGAAGACACGACAAAGUCAGGCCCGAGAAACAAGGGACAAGGGACGAAAUCAAGACCCGAUGCAGAGGUAACUAAGCAGCAUGCCGACGCGAUGUUCGGUUCUUUGGAUAACAUAGAAGAAGGUGAAGAGGAUCAUAAUUCUUACAAGGACGACUCAGCGCUUUCUUCGUCGUCGGACACCGUUUUCGAAAGUGAAUCCGAUACCGUACAAUCCGUCGUUAGCGUGAGCGGUGUUUUUUCAUGGGGUUCUCAAGAAAAUCAGCUCAUAGUCAAUGAUCUUACUUUCCCCCGAGGCAAACUCACCCUAGUCGUCGGAAAAAUAGGGUCUGGAAAGACCUCUUUGCUAUCGGCGAUCCUAGGGGAAAUCCAGACGAUAAGCGGAAAGGUUGAAUGGCUGAAGGACACGAGAGUUGCCUACGUGGCGCAGAAACCCUGGCUGCUCAACGCAACCCUCAGAGAAAAUAUUCUCUUCGGUUCCGACUACCGAGCUUCAAGGUAUCGGAACGUUAUGCGGGCUUGCGCUCUCCUACCGGACGUUGAUAUUCUUCCGGGCAAAGAUCGCACGAGAAUCGGCGAAAAAGGGAUCAACCUCAGCGGAGGACAAAAACAGAGAGUCACCAUCGCCCGGGCAAUUUACAGCGAAGCCGACACCAUCAUUAUGGACGACCCUCUGUCUGCCUUGGACCAACAAGUGGGCCAGCAAGUAUUCGAUCACGGAAUUCGGAGACUUCUAUUGGGCAGGGGUCGAACGGUUAUCAUGGUCACUCACAGACUCGAGCUUAUAAAAGCCGCUGACCAGAUUGUCGCGAUGGAGGGGUGCAAAGUUCGCGCCGUCGGUACGAAAUCUUCGAUCGAAUCCUCGGAUCCAAAAUUAGCCACGGAGUGGCACGAAGCUCUGAGGCGUCGAGACAGUCAAUCGAAAGCUCAAAAAACGGCAAGGGAUCAUUGGUCUUUGAUCAGACUCGUAUCCAGGAUAGGAAUAAACUUGCGUCCCGCGGGUAUCAUUGGUGACGGCUCAUGGAGCACCGAUCAAGACGCGCACGUUACGGCACCGGCUUUCGUUCCUCUCAGAACGAGGAGAUCGACGCUGGUGGGAUCCCGAUAUCUCGCUCAUGACUUGACGGACCUUCCGGUACCUGCCGAUGAAUGGAGCACCGUCAGGCGACGAUCGAAGAAACACAAAAUCGCCGUCAGAGCGACGAGUCUUCCACCCCCGAAACAUCCUCCUCCCGUCCUCAGGCAAAGCAGCACCCCCACCAUCCUCGACGGGCACUACCCGCAGACGAGUAGGAAGCGACACAAUACCCUCGACGGUGGUCAACAGAAUGGGGUGAUCAAGCAGCUCUUUUCCGGCAGGACAACACCGACGCAAGAGUGGGACAGUCAUCCAGUGAAAGGAUUGCUGUCGACGGAAUCCGGAUACACGGAAGAAACGGACGACGACGACGACGGGGCUUCUACGGUCAAAGGUCAGGGAGAGUCGGAUCGCGAUAAGGAUCUAAGCGGACUCGUCACUGCCGGAGUCUGUUUCGACUAUCUGAAAGCUGGAGGACUUGGUCCAGGAUUAAUUUAUGUUUCCGUAGCCCUGGCUUGUCAGGCGAUUCGCGUCUACACGGAUCUCUGGCUCAGCGAAUGGACGGACCAAGGAAAUCUAUCGGAAGAUGCUUCUGAUCUUCACCAACAGACGAUAUUCUACUUCCGGGUCUACAUAUCACUCUCGGUAGGCUCUAUUCUCCUUGCUGUGAUCUACAACGUUGCUGGUCAGUGGGCUGGAGCAAGAGCCCGGAGAUCUCUGCACCAGGAAGCUGUCGCGGGACUCCUUGAGGCACCUUUGGUGUUCUUUGAAAAGACGCCGAUCGGUAGGAUCCUCACUACGUUCAGCGCUGACAUGGGAGUGAUAGACAAGAAGUUGUCAACGGUCAUACAAAGGACAACUGCCUUCGUACUACUCUGUGGCUCGGCCAUUCUUGUCAACGUUUUUAUUUCCCCCUGGUUUUUGGUUGCCGCGGUACUCACUUGCAUCGCCUAUUUUCUCCUGCAAAGAUUUUAUCGCAGAAGUGCUCGAGAACUUCAAAGAUUGGACGGCUGUACUCGAGGACCCGUUGCCGCGCAUUUUUCAGAGACUUUGGCUGGUCUCCAGACUCUGAGGGCCUCGAAACAGCAGGAAAGAUUCCUGGAGGAAAUGGUCGAGCACCUGGACUCGAAUACAAACGCGUUUUUGGUGUUGCAUACAAGCGCCAGGUGGUUGGGAAUUGCCCUGGAUUACCUGGGGGCGUUCAUAGUCGCCGCAGCUAUUCUUGUAGCGAUAAUAACCGCGGAGAUUUAUCCGGAUAGAGUUACCGCGGCUAUGGUUGGUCUCGCGGUUAACUACACGCUUCUGGUACCCAUUUAUUUAAAUUGGGUCGUAAAAUUUGUAUCGGAGAUAGAAAUGUAUAUGGGGAGCGUCGCUAGACUUUCCACCUACAUAAAAUCGCCGAAGGAGGACUAUCGCAAGGACGGGUUCAGAGUUCCGGAAAAAUGGCCGCAAAAAGGGGAAAUUCUGUUCGACAACGUGUCCCUGCGUUACGAUCGGGAUAGCGAUCCGGUGAUAUCGAAUUUACAGCUGUUGAUACCGCCCGGUCAGAAGAUCGGUAUAUGCGGUCGAACUGGAAGCGGAAAGUCUUCGGCAGCUAUGUCGCUUUUUCAAUUCCUCGAAAUUUGCGAAGGACGAAUUUUGAUCGACGGCGUCGAUAUUCGUCACGUACCUCUCCGAAUUCUCCGUUCUAGAUUGUUGGCCAUUCCUCAGGACGUGAUUCUCUUCAGCGGUACGAUUAGGGAGAACCUCGACCCCCGUGGAGAACACUCCGACGAAGAACUUUGGUCCGUCUUAGAGCUCGCCCAGUUGAAAGAUAUCGUUAAAUCGAACCCAGAGGGUCUGAACACGGAGGUCCGAGAGGGAGGUGAAAACUUUUCCGCCGGUCAGAGGCAGCUUUUUAGCAUGGGAAGAGCAGCACUUUUGAAAUCCACGGUCGCCGUUUUGGACGAAGCGACAAGUGCAUUGGACGCGGGGACGGAAAAAUCCGUCCUAAAGGCCCUCGCAACGAUCUUCAAAGACAGAACGGUGAUUACCAUCGCGCACCGCGUUGCGUCGCUACUGGACUGUGACAGAGUUAUAGUUUUCGACGCCGGUCGCAUAGUGGAGGAUGACGCACCGAGGGAUCUACUGCGUCGUCCAACAGGUUUAUUUUCAACUAUGCUGCGGCUAUCGGAAGAUGCUAAUUCCGAUGAAGUAUAGAAACUGGAUUGGAAAUCGAAGAGAAAUCUGAAUCAAUUUUCUGAAUCAAUUGAGCCAAAAAUUAAAGAAUAUAUUCAAAAGUAUUAUAACGCAAGCUAACUAUUGAGUACAAUUAGUAUUAUAAUAUAGUGUUAUAGUAAAACAUGAAGGAGCACUCAGGUCAGGUGAUUUUUAUCAUAAUCGUACCAUUAUUUAUGACAUAAACAGAUAUUGUAUCUAUAAGCAUAAGUUUCUACCUAUAUCAUGAAUGACAAUAAUAAAAAAUCAUUGCCAAGUGAA